AAUAAAGCUAUCAAACCACUAGCUAGUAACGACUAAUAUCCUAAGACCUGUAGUCGGAGGAGAGUGAGCAUAGAGAGAUGGCUACUUCUCUCCUGGCUACUUUUCUAAGCUUGUCAUGCCUCUUUACUUUGAGCUUCUGCUUCCAAACCAAACGCUUUGAUUUGCCAAUGGCCGGACGUGACUGGUUGCCGGCCGGAGCAACUUGGUAUGGAAGUCCCCGUGGAGCCGGAAGUGAAGGGGGAGCCUGCGGAUAUGGGAAUGCCGUGGAUCAAGCCCCCUAUUCUGCCAUGAUUUCCGCCGGAAGUACUACCAUCUUCAACAAAGGCAAGGGUUGUGGUUCUUGCUAUCAGGUGAUGUGCACCACUCACAAGGCAUGUUCAGGGAAGCCGGUGACGGUCGUGAUCGCCGACUACUCAUGCCCCGGCACCGUAUGCCAAAGAGAAUCCGCUCAUUUCGAUUUCAGCGGCACCGCAUUUGGAGCCAUGGCCAAGCCGGGCAUGGCGGAUAAGCUAAGGAGCGCUGGAUACAUCUAUAUCCAAUACUCAAGAGUUGCAUGCGAGUAUCCAGGCAGGACGGUCACCUUCCACGUGGAACAUGGUUCCAAUCCCAACUACUUCGCAGUGGUGGUGGAGUUCGAGGACGGCGAUGGAGACCUGUCUGCUGUGGAGAUUAAGGAAGGUUCUGGUGAGUGGCGUGCCAUGAGGGAAUCAUGGGGUGCGGUAUGGAGGCUCGACACUGCAACACCGGUCCAUGGGCCGUUCUCGAUUCGAUUGACGACGCAGUACUCCGGCCAGAAGCUGGUGGCCAACAGCGUGAUUCCGGAGGGGUGGCAGGCAGGAGCCACCUAUCGGUCUUUUGUUAACUAUAGCUAGUUAUGAGAAUUUGUGCGUCUCCAUGUAAUAUACUAUAUAACGGUGCAUGUAGUUGCUGAGCAUGCCCAUGUAUGGCUUCAUUAUUGUACUUCUGUCUUGAUGAUCGUGUGCGAUCUAAUAUUAAUGAAAUGGUGAUGGAUUAUAUUUUCGUUUGGAUGAUA